CAAGCUUAUGUACCCUGGAGUCAGAGCUACCUCCUGGAAAAACUACGAAUAAGGCCGCAGCAGCAGUGGCCAUCAGCCCACACCUAUCGCCAGCCGAGGCAAAAAUCAUACAAGACCUCACAGACGCAGGGAGGAACCAUGAUAACCAAGUUCUUCACAUCUACUGUUCUGCUACUUUUAUUAUGCUCAUUAUACACCUUCAGCAAAGAUGACUUUCGGGAUCUUUCGGAGGAAAACUGGAAUAUUUUAGGCAACGUGCGGAAGAUGCUGAACAACACCGAACGACUUUUGCUGUAUUUGGCAGUGAAUGGGCCAGUACGAGGGAACACACGGUAUUGCUGGUCGUCGCGCAGAACGCACAACCUCACACGUGGCUAUAAAGCAUACCGUCAUCUUAUAACCUUUUAUGACAAUAGUUCAUCGCGCCAACUUUGGGGAUUUAGGACGGGAGACUAUAUUGUUCGGGCCCGUCAUGGACAUCCAGGAAUAUUCCUAAUAGCCACCUACCGUAACGGCUCCAUAGACAGGGACUUCACUGAAUAUUAUACCAUUGUCGGUGCUGAUGAUUCAUGCUUUGUUAUGCGUUCAGAAACACCAAGUAAACAAUUACCAAGCUGCUUUUACUGGGUACAACGCACUAUAGAAGGAAAUCACUCACAAUGUGAUCAAGCGUACCUUGGGAAUUGCUUCAUGAUAACUGGACAGUACUACAAUCUAAGUGAUUAUAUAGGAAAGUGCGAUUUCAGCUCCAUGUGAUACAACUUCUUCAGAGUUGCAGACAUGUCCAUUAUCUUACAAUGCUCCAAGUUGUUGUUGCGAGCCGGCUAAUAAAAAAUUCUAGAAUUUAUGAGCA